GUAACUAAACAAUGACAGGCAGACUGGAAUAAGGAGCGCUGCGAAUGACAUCACAGAACUCCAUGUAGACAUCGGUACACGAGAGUAGCUAGAAAAAGAAGCACAGUGGAAAUCUUUUUCGAAGAAUAUGCGUAAACUUAGGCGGAUAACAAGCAGAUACUAAAACAGCGAAUUUCUCACCUCGUAUCUUUUCACCAUGUUGCGUUGUGUUGAAAUGGUCCUUCUUGUUAUUUGUGCAUUUUUAUGGAUAUUACCUCCAUCGUUUGCCAGUGAAAAAGAUUUUAACACUUGCUAUUUCUACUAUUGGAAAGUGGACUGGCAUUCUGCAGUGCAAGCAUGCGAAAAGGAUGGGAAACAGCUCUUGUGCUACAAAUCCAAAAGAGAAAUAGAGGAUAUCACAGAAGCUUUCAGACUUGCUGCUUUCGGAAAUGCUGAACUUCAUUUGUGGUUAUCAGCUGGAAGUUGUUCUGCUUCCAAAAAAGAAGAAUGCUUAUCUCUUCAUAUUUUAAAAUCUAAGAACGAAGUUUGGCAUUACGUUCAAAGCUCUUGUUCAGCACGCUAUCCAUAUAUCUGCUGCACAGCGGGACUAGAACAGCCAAACACAACGACAACGACGAUGCAGACUACUAUGCUGAUGACAACUGAAUCCUCCUCUGUGGCCAACAAUCUUACCUCUGUAAAUUUGCUACCUACCACUACUCCAAAUCCUUACACUUGCAAGAAAGUUCUGAGAAGAAGAAUCAUAUGGCCGGAAACCGCAAUCGGGGAAAUUUCUGUUCAACCUUGUCCGGGAAGAUCCGUAGGAGAAGCUCGUUGGAAGUGCAUUGGACAGUCUGUUGGAGAAUGGGAUCCUAGUGGUCCUGACAUGAAAAAAUGCCGUUCUUUGAAAAUCCGGAAUCUGAAGGAAAAAUUUAAUACAUCUUCGGCAUCAGAGAUGAUCAUUUCUUUGAAAGAAGUUUUCGAAGAAGAACUUUUUGGAGAAGAUCUUGUUGAUGUAAUAAGCAUGAUGACAAGAACACCAGAUCGAUUGUUUGAUGAAACUGAAUCUCAUCCUCCUGAUAAACGAUGGACUACGACUAAAGAAUCCAUCGAGAUGUCGACAUCAAUCUUUAGUCAGAUUAUUGAACUAAACACAACCUGGUACGAUAUAGCGGAGGAAAGGAGACCAGCAAUUGGUUCUGAUUUUCUUUCAACAGUAGAUAACAUGGGUUUGCUACUUGCUGAUGCUAUGGUUGAAAGUAUCCAAGAACAUAGUAUUUUCAAAGAAAAUAUCGCUUUGCAGGUUUUGAAAACUCAGUUUGGAAAAAUGGUGGAGCUUCCAAAGGGAUUUAUCACAAGUGACCUCGAUCAUAAAGGAAGUAUAAUUCUCGAGAAAGGGUACGACAGUAACUUAAAACCGGAAUUAGGAAAUAUCUCUGUUCUCUUCACUCUUUACCCGGAUAUGAGCACCAUACUGUCACCAGUACAUCAAGAAUCGGAGUCUAAAACAGUGCGCAAUUCCUUGAAUUCCCCUGUCGUAAGUGCAACAGUUUCUCAGGGCAGGAAACCUGUGACAAUCAGCAGCAACAUUAGAAUCGUGAUGGAACAUCUUGUGACUGAACCGAAUGACACAGCUUGUGUAUUUUGGAAUUUGAACAGAAAUAUGUGGGAUACCAAAGGCUGCAGACUGGAAAGCAGUAAUGCAAGUUACAGCCAAUGUGUGUGUGAUCACUUGACAAAUUUUGCCAUCCUUAUGGACUAUCAAGGUGUUAUGGACGAAAUGAAUCAACUCCCAUUCUUUUACAUUACUGUUAUUGGCUGCACUAUCUCCAUCUUAUGCCUCGCACUGUGUGUUGUUAUCUUCACUCUUUACAGCUAUCACAGCAAACAUUCUUGGGGUCUUAGGUAUGUCAUUCAUCGGAACUUGUGUCUCACUUUACUGAUUGCAAAUUUAGUUUUGAUCUUAGGAAUAGACAAGACAGACAAUCAAAGGUUAUGUUCUGUCAUCGCUGGCGUGCUGCAUUAUUUCUUCCUUUCGGCCUUCAGCUGGAUGCUGUUAGAGGGUUUCCACAUUUAUCUUCUCUUAGUUGUCGUCUUUGCAUCCAGAAGAUCGCACAGUGAAAAAUAUUACAUUUUUGGCUACGGGUUUCCUAUGAUUGUUGUUGCAAUAACAGCUGCCACUCGGCCAAUGUAUUACGGAACUGAUGGAGCAUGCUGGUUAUCUGUUGAAAAAGGAACAAUAUGGGCAUUUAUGGGACCAGUGGCUUGCAUUUUAUUGGUGAAUACAGCUGCGCUGAUUUUAGCACAAUGGAAAGCAAGUCACAUUUCGAUAAAAGAUGAUCAUACCGCUUUAGUGAUGAGAUGGUUGCGUGUUACCCUCAUUCUGUUUCCAGUUCUAGGACUGACAUGGGUAUUUGGAUUUUUGUAUGUAGGACAGCAUUUUGAAGUUGCAGGAUAUUUAUUUGCCAUAUUCAACUCACUGCAGGGAUUUUGUAUUUUUAUUUUUCAUUGUGUGAUGGAUAAGAAGGCCAGAAACAUGGUCGUAUCAUCUUUCAAGAAGAAAAGUGCAUCCGUCAACACAGGUAGCAGUGGAACACAAAGGAAACAAAAGGAUCCUCAUUUGCCUCUGAGUGACAAGAAAAUCAAUGGUAUUACAAAUGAUGUACAAAACAAUACCAGUGCAACCAACAAAAAAUCGAGAAUUUCAUUUAGGGAGAAAUACAGGAACAGAUGGAGGGUGUGGCACAAACGCUGGUCAUUCUGUUUUGAUUUGCCAGCUUCAGACAAUGAAAGCCAAGGAGGACAAAAGGAACAUCAAGAAAUACCGCCAAAACCAAUAAUAGUACACUGGAGUAAUUUAACAGAUCAAGCAACUUAAACAUAUAAAAACCUGAAAUGAUUUUACAACCUUUUUUUUUUUUUUUUUUUUUUUUUUUUAAACAAUCAAGUACAUUAACAAGCUCUUUCUACAAAAAGAAUUCCAGUUCCUGUAAAAUGUAUUUGAAGACAAGAAUUUUGUUCCUUUUCUUGAACAAGUUAUUUUUAUGAGAAAUGUUAUGUCACAUCUGAUUUAUAUCAGUUUCUCUUGUAAGACAUACAGGCUUGGGUGAAGAUUUGCUCUGCAACAUGUUUCAAAGAACACAUAAACUGUUAAGAUAGUCAAACUGGUUUUAUGUUGCAUACUGAGGGGAAAGCAGAAUGUUAUGAAAACUAAAUCAAAAUAACAUAAAAGAAUGUCAAUUUCAUUUGCUUAUGCAUGUGUUCUGUAUAAUCUAGUCACAACAAAAAAUUAUAUAUAUUUAUUUUAUUUGUUUAAUAAUUAAAAGGAAUUAAUAUAUUUA